UCAAAGUUUAUAAAAACGAACGGCCCGAAGGGUUCGGGCAGCAAUUACAGCUCAAAAAUCAAAGCAAAAACAAAGCGAAAAACAUAAACAUUUGUCAGUGACAGCAAACUACCUAAAAAAGCAAAAAAAAUCCCUAGUGAAACAAGUUUGUAGGGGCAAUAAUAAGUGUCUAAAUUUAACGUGUGACUCUCUGAAACUGAGUAAACUUUUGGCAGCCAAACUAGAAGAAUCCACACAAAGCAGCAGCAGCAACAACAACUAGAGAGAAUUCAGGCAAUGUCAUUGGAGGAUCUCAAAUCCCAGCUGCGCCGUUAUCCAAAGCUUGUGGGCGGAGUGGGCGUGGGCCUGCUGACCGCGGCUGGUUUCCUGCUGUACGAGUCGCCGCAGGUGCGCAGCAUCCUCUCUCGCUAUGUGGACACCAAGUCACCGGAGCCGGAUAAGCGGCGCUCCGAGUACAUCUACAUCAAGUACCACAUCUAUCGCGAGUCCAUGCGCAAGCUGAUGCAGAAGCAGGAGGAUGAGAAGAAAUGGAUCAAUGUGAUUAUCAAUCCAAUUGGCAAGUGGUGGAAGGCGGCCAAGCAUUCGGUGGCCUGGCGUCUUCUUAAUAUCGCCCAAAAUGGCACCCAACCCGAGCGACUGAAGGCGGUGCAGCAGCUCGUCUGCAUGGAUCACCUCAAGGACUGGGAUUUCCGGCAUUUGGCACAAAUUUGCGAUGCCCGCACGGCUGUCUCUCUGGCCAGAUGUGGCGCAGACACACGGUGGUUUAUGCCCGUCCACCGACACGGUUGCAUCAAGCAUCCCAAGAUGCUACUAUCGGAGCUGCAUGUGAUGCUCAACCGGCUGCGACCCAUGUCCUGUGUGGAUCACUUCUUCAGCAAAUACUUUCCCGAACAGGAUCCAAUUGAGAACAUCCACGAAUACAUGACCCAGGAGCAGACCAUUGUUCUGUCCACGGCUGACACGGAUUUACUCAAGGAAAUCAUCUCGUUCCUGCAUCACAUUAGCAAGGAUCCCCAGGUCUCGGCGAAUAUAAUUAAAGACGGCGGCCUCGUGCAUCUCAUGGAGCUGCGAAAGAUAUUCAGCGACGACAACGAGACCUUGUCUACACUCUGCAAAGUUCUGGCCAACAUAUCUGUGGUACCCAAUGCCGUGGAGCACUUCUUUGCCACCGGCUGGAUUGGAGUCCUGGCCGAUUGGCAGCAGUGUCCGGAUCUUCGCCUGCAAGUGAUCUCGGCGAAAACCAUGGCCAAUCUGGAUCACGAUGAUCCCAAUCAGUGCACAUAUCCGCCGAAUGUCUAUCCACUGCAUCCGCGUGUUCGCACCCGCAGGAAGCCCAAGGCGGACAUUGUUUUUGUCCAUGGACUUCUGGGUGGUGUGUUCAUCACGUGGCGGCAGCGCGACAAGAAGCAGCCCACAGAGCUGGGUCUCUACGGCAAGAAUGCCUUCUACACCAGCGAAGCGGAUGAUGUGUUCCUGGUGGGUGAGCAGAAGCGCCUGAAUGGCGGCAAGCAGCGCAAGCAACCGGUUCCCCCACAAGCCGACGCCCAGACGGAAGCCAUAAAAGAUCCCGUCUUGAAGGCCAGCAAGAAAGUGGAGGAACGGCGUCUGAACAUUAGCGAUGAUGCCACCAAAGAGUUUGUUGAGACGCUCAGAAACGCCGCCGAAUUGGAAUCCGAUUGGGAGGUGGUCCAUCCCGAUGUGCCUCUCAAUGCGAACGAGAACUGUGCUGGGGACUUCAGUGUGUCGGGCAACGAGUGGCACAACCAGGACACCAGCGAUGAGUACACCAACUGCUGGCCCAUGGAGUGGCUGCCGGAUGACUAUCCCGAUUCCAGAAUUAUUGGAAUCGAUUAUACGUCAGCGGUCACCGAGUGGUCGGCGAAUUUCACGAAAUACUGCCCGUGUGAGAAGGGUCAGGGUCACAUCGAUGUAAGGGCCACCACACUGCUGGAGAGGAUCGUUGCCUCGGAUGUGGGCAACGGCAGACCAAUUGUCUGGAUUGGACAUUCCAUGGGCGGCCUGCUCACCAAGCUGAUGCUGCUCAAAUCGGUGGACUCACAGGAGCCCAAGGUCCAACAGUUGGCUAAGAAUACCAAGGGCAUUGUGUUCCUGGGCACACCGCACAGGGGCUCACCCAUUGCCAAGUGGAAGCAGCACAUGCAGAUGAUACUCUCGCCCUCCAUCGAGGUCAAGGAGAUGGAGGAGAACUCGCCAAAACUGCUCGAGAUGCACCGUCGCUUCAUGGGCUGCCUGCACACUUUCCUGCGCGAUGUCAAGGUCGUCAGCGUGGCCGAAGGAACGCCCACAAUGCUUACCACAUUCAAGUUUCCGCUGCGCAUUGUCACGGAGGAAUCCGCACGGAUAGAUUUCGGUGACUUCUAUCUGAUGAAGGAUGACCACCUGAGCCUCUCCAAGCCAAUCUACAGGCAAUCAUUCCUGUACCAGCGACUCCUGCAUGUGAUCCACGAGGCCGUCAGGGAGAGAUCGGAUCCAAGGAAUCAGGAUGCCCAGUCGCAGUCCGUUUCGAGUCAGGAAGUGGUAUUCACCAACAUUGUGGCCGCUCUGCUGAAGGGAGCCAAGGGCCUGUUCGAAUCGCUGCCCAUUGUCGCCCUCAGAUUUAGCACUUAGGGAAUGGGGCUCUCUUGAAGAGAAAUCCCAAAUACGCGCCUGUACCUUAAUAGUAUCCCAGCUUAGUCUCUAAGGACGUAUGUUAAGUAUUUAAUCUCCACAUCACACACAACCAUGUCCAAAUCCAAAUGUAUAUUCUACGCUCGCAACCCAUGUAGCUUCUUACGAACGAAAUAUCCUAAUUUAUUUACAAAAGUCAAUGACAAAAAAUGAUUUAAUAAAAACGUCCAUAUUUUCACUAA